AUGUACAGUGUCGUGAUCGAUUGCAGUUUCUCGCCCGAAGAAUGCUACGAAAACGGCAUUCCUCCAGACCGAACGGCCGUUCCGUUGGGCGAACUCUAUUCGUCGGUACUGCAGCUAUCGCCCACGACACCGGGCAGCGAAAUUUGUGCCCGGUGUGUGGCGGUGCUGAAAGAGUACUAUCUGUUUCGGGCACGGGCCCUAAAGUCCCACGAAGAGCUGCAGACCAAAGCGACCAUUGCGAAGAUCAUCAGUCACCUCGAACAGAGCAGCAGCGUGGGCAGUGUCCGCCCGGAACGCGUAGAGGAGGACUUCGGAGAGGACGAUGAACCGGAAGGUGACCGGUCCGACUCACGGUGCGCCAACGGCCCGUUCCGUUGUGCGGUGUGCCAGAAAAUUUUCAAGAUGCGUAAGCUGCUACUACGCCACGAACGAACCCACCGGGCGAAGGAACCGGAUCACCACCAGGCGAAGGAUCCGAAUCAACGGUUUCACUGUCAGCACUGUGACAAACACUUUGCCUCCAAGGCAUCCCUCUCUGGGCACGUUUCAAGAGCCCACCGUCAAGCGGCCCGCUUGUUGAGGGAAUACAACGAAACCCAGGCAGCUCCGAAAAACUCGUUUCCGUGUGACCUGUGCUCGAAAAUCUUCACCCGCCGCUCGUCACUGAACGUACACAAGACGAUCCUGCACGCCGGCAUUCGCGAGCACACGUGCCACGUCUGUAACCGUGCGUUUGGCAAGGAGGAUUCCCUCAAGACCCACCUGGCACUGCACACGGGCAAACUGCACCGUUGCAAACUGUGCGGCAGGUCGUUCGCCAAGGCGAGCUUGCUGCGGAAACAUCUCGAGCGACACGAAUCGUCCGAUGGGGGCCGCAAGUUUACGUGUGGUGUCUGCGCGAAAGGGUUCACCACGAAGGCCCACCUAACCGACCACGAGCUGAUCCACGGCGACCAACGGCCGUUUACGUGCAAUGUCUGUGGCAGCUGCUUCCGGCAGAAGCAGCAGCUGAAGGUACACAGCUAUCAGCACGUUGGCAAACCGUUCCGAUGCGGUGAGUGUAGUGCCGAGUUCGGCGUGCGGGCACGGCUUCAGUCCCACAUGCGGACAAAGCACCGCGUGAAGGACCAACCGGCCAGUGGUGGCCAGUUGGAGCCUGAAGCUCCAUCUCCAACGACGCAGCCUCUAAUUACCAACGUGGUGCAGCCCGAUUUUGGCGACAAAGUGGUGAAUGAGGAGAUUCUGGACGAGAUCUGUUACCAGAUCGAUUCGAACCCGAUCAUCCUGCAAAACAUCGAGGCCGACAGUAUGAAUCUCAUCUGCAACAACACCGAACCGAUCGUGUUCCUCGCGGACGGCAACAGUUAUGCUCUUCUUUGA